CCUUCCUUUUAUCCCCUUAAGCGCGAGCUAUGGCCGCUGUGGCGCGCCCGCCAUUGCUCUUGGAUUUGCAGGGCGAUCGCGCCGCCAGGGGGAGGAAGAGUGGUGCCAGGCAUGGGAUUACGGUGAGGGCGGCGGUGGCGAGCACAGAUGUGGCGGUCAUCCGGAUUGGAACGCGCGGAAGCCCGCUGGCGCUGGCACAGGCGUACCAGACGCGAGAUCUGCUCAAGGGCGCGCAUCCGGAGCUCGCCGAGGAUGGCGCGCUGGAAAUCGUGAUUAUCAAGACGACCGGGGAUAAGAUUCUCAACCAGCCACUCGCGGACAUUGGUGGGAAGGGACUCUUCACCAAAGAGAUUGACGAUGCGCUGCUCGACAACAGGAUCGACAUUGCGGUUCACUCGAUGAAGGAUGUGCCGACGUAUCUCCCGCAAGGGACCAUUCUUCCUUGCAACCUGCGAAGGGAGGACGCUAGAGAUGCUUUCAUCAGUCUCAAAGCAAAGUCGCUGGCUGAAUUGCCGCCGGGAAGCGUCGUCGGGACUGCAUCGCUGCGAAGAAAGUCGCAAAUUCUCAAGAGGUAUCCUCAUCUCCAGGUUGACACGAACUUUAGAGGCAACGUCCAAACCCGGCUUAAGAAGCUCCAAGAGGGAAUCGUGACUGCGACGCUCUUGGCAUUGGCUGGCCUCAAGCGCUUGAACAUGACGGAGCACGUCACUGGUGUGCUUCCCAUGGACGAGAUGCUUCCGGCCAUUGCGCAGGGAGCCAUUGGAAUUGCUUGCAGACAAGGCGAUGAGAAAAUGGAGAGAUAUCUGGCUUCACUCAACCACGAAGAGACGAGACUGGCCGUUUCGUGCGAGAGAGCCUUUCUGGAAAUGCUGGACGGCUCAUGCCGGACUCCAAUUGCUGGAUACGCACACAGGGACAAGCUCACGGACGAGUGCAAGUUCCGGGGACUCGUUGCAUCACCUGACGGCACCCAAGUGCUGGAGACAACUCGGAGUGGGCAAUACAAUUUUGACGAGAUGGUGGCCAUGGGGAAAGACGCUGCCAAAGAGCUGCUUUCGAAAUCAGGCCCCUCGCUUCUUAACUGGUCUUGAAGUCUGGUUUCCAUCUAUGCACUUCGUUUCGAAGAACCAGUGAUGGACCGAGGAAGUGAUUCUAUUGACAAGAGGUGUAAAUUAUAUGCAAGUUUUGUGCUGCCACUUACAUUAUCAAGACUCACACGGAAUCUUGUCCAAAGCUGAGUGUUUUCUUGUACGGUCAGUCCUCCUUUGAGAAAGAUAAGUUUUAAAAGUUA